UGUGUUUUGAAUGUGCAAGGUAUAUAUUAUCAACUCAUGCAUCAUCAGUCAUCGGCUCAUGCUGUGUCAAUCCACUGAAAUGGCUAAGAAGGAAUUACCCUCCGUGCAACACCCUUGCUAAACACCAUCUUCCAAGGUUUGCUGCGGUCUGAAUAGCUAAGUCAAGAGGAACCUCAGUCUGAAGGUCACAGAUUCAUCUUUGGUGCAUUUUCUACCAGUGCAAGAUGAACAUCUCUUCUCAGAAGACAAUACUAUAUUGAGGAGAAAAAGCUGCAACAGAUAAAAUGCAACAAAAAAGUGCAACAAGGAAAAAGUGCCCAAUUCCUGAAUGGAACUUCUGUGGUCACAUUUCAGUCAUUUUCCUUCUUCCUUCUCAUCCUCUUUCUCAUCACCAUCAUCAUCAUCAUCAUUUUAUUGUGGCUUCCUAGUAGAACUACAAAGGUUUGCCAAGUAUCAGGAUAACUGAGGUGGGCUAAUAUUCUACCACGGAUUCGUUCUGUUUUCUCUUGUAUUCUCAUUCAUUGCCAGGAUAGGAUCUGGCUCCCUGCAGAUGUGAUAAGGAAGAACCAGGUACCUAAAAAAUGAGUAAAUGAAUGAAUCAGGAAAUGUAAAAAUAUAAAAUCGAAAAGACAAUAUCAACUGGAAAUAAUAUAUCAGAGCACCCCCAUUUCUUUGUAAAACUGAUAUUUCUGAUACAAGAGAGUGAAGUGCAUAACAAAAUGGCAUCCAAUGGCAGCGACAUGGACAUCACACCAGACGAGUUAUUUGAUUAUUCAGAAUACUAUAACUUAAAUGGUACUUCAAAUUCACCUCCAUGUGAUAAUAAGAACAUUAAAAACUUUGGUUCUGUGUUCUUGCCUAUACUCUACACAAUUGUAUUUGUGUUGGGACUAGUUGGAAACAUUUUAGUUCUUGCUUUGAUAUUGUCUAAAUGUAAAAAAUUGAAAAGCAUGACUGACAUGUAUCUUCUGAAUCUGGCAUUGUCAGAUCUGCUCUUUGUUUUGUCCCUUCCAUUUUUAGCUUACUAUGCCGCUGAUGAGUGGGUCUUUGGAAGCACAAUGUGCCAUUUAGUUACUUUGCUUUACCUCUUUGGUUAUUACAGUGGCAUAUUUUUCAUAACCUUAAUGAGUAUUGACAGAUAUUUAGCAGUGGUCCAUGCUAUAUUUGCAUUAAGAGCAAGGAGCAUUACCUAUGGGAUUAUUACAAGUUUAGUUGUUUGGUGCGUAGCUUUUUUAGCUACCCUUCCUCAAUUAUUACUUAGUGAAGUACAGGCUGACAGUGCCAAUAAGACAUGCAGGCCAAAUUAUUCCAGCCAGGGAUGGAAACUUUUCUUAAAUCUAGAAGUUAUUGUUUUAGGAUUUAUCUGCCCUAUGAUAAUAAUGGGUUACUGCUAUACAUAUAUUUUAAUUGUGUUAAUCAAAAGUAGAAAUGCAAACAAGAAAAAAGCCAUAAAGCUUGUGUUUAUUGUUAUGAUUACAUUUCAAGUCUUCUGGGCACCUUACAAUUGUGUCAUUUUGUUGGAUACUUUAUUGCAGCAAAAAGUUCUUGAUGGCUGUGAAACAAGUCAAGGGAUAAUGUACACAACACAGGUGACAGAAGCCAUUGCAUUUUUUCAUUGUUGCCUUAACCCAUUAAUUUAUGCAUUUCUGGGAGAGAAAUUCCAAAAAUAUCUGUGUGAAGUGUUGCAAAAAAUAUUAUCACUGGCACCACUCUGCAAAAGCACUGGAAUUUCCAGAAGGUACCUUUCUGUUCGUAGAAGUUCAGUCCGUACUCAAUCAACAGGAUCAUCAGACCUAGACAUAGUUUUGUAAGUGGCAAUAUACAUAUAAUGCAAACCUGGAUUAGUGCAACACUGUACACCCACUAAUGAACUGGGUUUGAUAUUAAAAGAAUUGCUGAUUCAUAGACACUGCAUGUCCUGCCUGCCAGACAGAGUGUACAGAACCUCUCAUCACUGGAUUGGUAGACACAAGAUUCACAAACAGAAUCACAUGCUUGACAGUACAUGCACUGUGGGCUGUCAUGAGGAUGUUAUGUUUACGGAACACUAUCAUUCCUUUUUCUUUUUUUGGAGGGAUGAUUUUCUUCUCUGCUUCACAUUGACAGCCAGCCUUUAUCCAUUGCUGGGUAUGCUGAUCUCCCCAGUUCACCCUUGGACUACAUCCAUAAUUUUGACCAGGGCUGACCCAGAACAUUUGGAUAUCCUGGGGAUGUUCAUCAUCUGCCUACCCUGGGUUCCCUGCCCUCUCUGUCUGUGUGGUUACACUGUGGAGGCAGACAUGCAAUGGGAACAGGCAAUGUUUUACUGGUGCCUCUGUAGAAGCUCAGCAAAAUUCUCACCCUAAUCCCUCUUAGAUCACACCCUCCCUGUAUAAUCUCCAGCCUUCACGAAGCACAUCAUGGGGACACCCAGACAACCAUUUCUCUUUCCCCAGGAUGGGAACAUCUCCAUCCCUCCCUCUCCACUGCUGUCACAGUCCUCCAAGCCACUAUUCGAUCUUGGGUCACCUGAGUUGUAGUCAUAGCUUUAUCCCUCUGUACCACCAGGGUGGCUUGAACACUUUAAUUUCUACACGGCAUUGUCUUGUUCCACUGGUGGAUCAUCGUGGUGGUGCAGUAUAAAAACAGGGCACACAGCAUGGUAGGUUGUGGUUCCUUGAAGUAGUAAGGUGCACUGCAUUCUGUAGAAACAUUAGUAAAAAUAGUAUGGAUUUCUGGUAUGGCAGUGUGCGCACCUAGACCAAAAUGAUACUGCAAUAGUUUUUGAGAGGGCUACCACACUGUACAUCCAUAUGUGGAAACCUCCUCACCACUGUUUCCUCAACUCCAAGAAACAGCAAUCAUAAUUACAGCAUGAAAAUAAUGAUUGCUUUUCUCUAUUACCUGCUGGCCUCAGAUAAGAAUGAAUAAGACACCUACCAGACUUUACAAAUUGCUGCAAUUGUGGUCAUUGAAUAAUUGCUUCUGAAACACAAGUCAAGCAGAUGCAUCUUGAGCAACUGAAGACUGAGCAAACGAAGGUCAAGCAUAUCUCAGUGUAUAUUUCUCUGUGUGUAUGUGUGUGCGUGUGUGUGUGUGUGUGUGUGUGUGUGUGUGUGUGUGUGUG